CCCGCACCACAUUUAGCAUGGCUCCGAAGCGCAAGGCCGCGUCAGUUGCGAUGACGCCCAACAAGAAGUCGGCGCCUGCCAACUGCGGCGCGAUCAGUCCCGUCGCCGUCACGGCGCUCGCAGCGCUUGGCAUUACGCAGUCGGCGCUCCUGCGCGCUGCUUCCCUCGCCCUUGUGGACGUGAGCACCAACAUGGACAAGUACUACGAGCUCCAACUGCUCGCUGCUGGCACAUACCACUACGUGUUUGUGCAUUGGGGCCGCACGGGCACAGCGGGCCAAACCCAGUUUCUUGGGCCGCAGACUCUCGACGCGGCGACCGCGGACUUUGACGCCAAGUUUCUCAGCAAGACGGGCAACGCGUACGCCCCGUCCCAGCCGUUUGUGCGGAUCGCGGGCCGCUACGAUUUGCUCGCAGUGCAAGAGGCGUCGGCCACGGGUGUCUGGGAGUACUACGUCAGCGACGGCGUCGACGGCAAAGCCACCGCCUGGUACCCGUACGUGGACGACGCGAUCGAGCGCAUGGAACUCCUGUGGCAAACCUUCCAGGCCAACGAAGGCUACACGCAGCGCAUCGUCCAGUCGGGCUACUGGUCGUACCUGAUCGACUUGGUGCAAAUGACUCAAACCAACAUCCAAACCAACAAGAAGCGCACGAUUCGCCGGUCCGCGCCCAUCCUCGUGACGCCCAUGCUGACGACCACGACCAAGGGCUCAACGAAGCGCGCGACGAAAGGCAAGAAGACGGCAGCGUCCAAGUCGCUGCACUCCUUCUCGAUCGUGUCGAUCGAUGGCAAGGACCUCGAUGUGAACCUUGCGCGCAUCGAUAUUGCUGGCGGUCGCGACGACUUUAUCGACCUGACGCUCAUCCAAGCCAGCGGCAGCACGUACCUCUGGACCAUCACAGGCAGCUGCGGCGAGCGCACGGGCGAGACAUUUGAUGGCCCGUUUGACCGCAAGGACGGCGAGGCUCGGUGGAAGGCGGCGUACUACACAGCGACGGGCCACAACUUUGGCAACGGCGACUUUGUUCGCGCUGACGGCAAGUACGAUGUGCUCACAAUGCCAGACGACUGGGUCGUCACGGAAGGCAACCUCGAGACGCACGUUAUGAUCCCGCUCGGCACGCCGCUUCAGCGCGACGUGGCGUCCGACCUCUGGGCGUGGUACCACCACAACCCACACUACGUGAAGCGGCUCAUGACAUUCGACCAUGUUGUCUACUGCCUCGACUUUGAAAAGAUGACGGCGACGUCGGUCGUCAACCCGGCUGUCGCUUGGAACAUUCGCAAGAUGACUGCUAUCAAGUAGCGCCAAAAACACAUCAAUAUUAUAUAUAUAUAUAUAUACACCGAC